CUCUUCUCACCUCUUACUAACAUAAUAAAAAAAAAACGCCUAACCUAAUUAAAAGAAAAAAAAAAUAGCGGAGAACUUGCCCAUCGGCGCAUCUUUCGUCCUCAGGCUUCGUCAAAUCGGAUACUCACGUUCGUCCAUCGCCCUUCGCAGGUCUCGUCGCCGGCGUCAUCUUCAACCUCUGUCUCGUCUUCAUCUGCUAUCGCAGCUUCGGACAGUUAGAAUACUGUUUGAUCAAAUUCAACGUCUUCAAAAGUUAACAUCUACAGUAUAGCUAGAGCAUAGAGCUUGUCAAUUCAUCAUCCAUAUGGAAUUGGACGUAGGAGAUAAUAAAGAUCCCCAAUCAGGGAUUUUGCACCUUCCAGAUGAACUCUUACAAUCGAUCUACAAAAACUUAGACCUAAAUCUUGAUCAAGAAUCUUUUGGUCUAACCUGUCACUGUUUUCUCUAUAUUCAAAGUUCAAGUCAUAAAACCUUGGAACUUGAUUGCUCCUCUUCUGCUAGCAUCAACAUUGAUUCAGCUGCAGUCGACAAAUUGCUUAACCGCUUCAGACAGUUACAGUCGUUGUCCUUAAGCGGACGUGAAAACAUCUCAGAUUCAAGUUUAACUAAAUUGCAACAUUAUGGGUCAAACCUGCACUCUCUUUAUCUAGAUGAUUGUCGUGAAGCUGUCACUGAUGUUGGAAUUUCCUACAUUGCUUCCGGUUGUCCAUCCUUAUCUGUGAUCAGUCUCGCUCGUUGUUCUACGAUCAAAGAUUCUGGGUUGGAAAUUUUAUCAGAAUCUUGUAAAUCUUUAACAGAAGUGAAUCUUGCAAGUUGCGUCCGCAUAACUGAUCGUGGAAUCUGGGCACUGUCGCAAAACUGUCGUAAACUUAGGGCACUCAAAAUAUCUCAGUGCCAUAAAAUCGUUGGGGUAAGCUUCCAAGGUUGUUCGCCAACGUUGACAUGUUUAGAAGCUGAUAAUUGUGCGUUUGACCCGAUGGGUGUUACUGGGAUUCUAAGUGGGGGUGGUUUAGAGUAUCUGAAUCUUUCUUGUCUUCAUAAGUGCUCAAGGGGAGAUGGAUUCAUAGCAAUUGGUUUAGGCAUUGGUGCAAAUCUUAGAAUCCUUGACUUAUCAACGUGUAGCUUUGUUACGGAUGAUGUAAUAUCAAGAAUCUCGAAAGGGUGUCCAUUGUUGGAAGAGUGGAACUUAUCAGGUUGUACAGAAGUUGAUUAUUCUGGUUGGGUGUCCAUCGGAUUGCAUUGUCGUAAUUUGGUACGACUUCAUGUCAACGGAUGUGAAAAACUUGAUGAUAGAGGGUUACUAGCUUUGGUGAAAAACUGCAAUCGCCUCCAAGUCAUAUACUUGACCAAAUGCACUUCCAAUAUUACUCGAUCUGGGAUUCGCAUUUUCAAGAAAAGGAGAAAGGGUGUUGAGAUUAAAAAGGAACAGGUGACACAGAUUACCCCCUGUUGGGCCUUUAUAACAUGAUUUCAAGAAAGAAAGGAAGAGCAUAUUAUGUUUAUGUCACUUAAUUAAUUUGAAGACUCAGAAAGAAUGAACUCAUGCCUAAUCUUUGUGGUGCAUCAUGCAUGCUUAGAUUGAUUAGUGACAUACUAACAUACAUGUAUAUAUAAUAUACUAGGCGAAUGUUCGUGCGUUGCUCAGAAACACCUAUAUAGUUGAAAUAUUUAUAAAUAUAUGUUUUUUUUUUUAAAUAUA